UUGUUUUGUCUCCCCUGUAAAGUUUGUUAACCCUUUAACGUGACCAUGUUUGCCCCUGCUGGUAAAUGCUGGAACGACACCUCAAGUGUAGCUGUUCAUUCUAUAUAAAGAUAUUUUGUCUAAUUUAAUAUGCCUAUAUUUUAAAUAUCGCAAACAACCACAAAGCUGUGAUUCUGAAUCUUUAUAUUUUCGUUAUUUUAAAAGGAAAAACAGAAAAUGCAGUAUUUUUUUGUGACACUCCUACUGUAAUCAAGGGAAGAGCUGGAUCAGGGAUCACACACCCAGGAGGACUUAUUGUGUCUUAAGUACGGAUCUUUGGGAUUUUUCUUCUUACAGCACCUAAUCUGAAUAAGAACUUUUUUGUGUGUGUGUGUCGCUGACUUGAAGAUGCAGACAGAAGACGUGUGAUGCAAUGGUGCAUGUCUGAUGUGAAUGAACCAGCAGAGAAGAAUAUAGCUGGAAAGUGACUGAAAAACUACUUCUUUUUUUUUUUAAUAAGACUUGGGGAAAUGGACUCUUUCCCAGAAUUCCUGAAUGGCUCAUCUAUCCAUGAUGGCUCUGGUGCAGAGGUGCCCCUGCCGUGGGCCGGAUUCCUCACGCUGUCCCUCCUCAUGGCCGUGUUCUCCAUCACAUCUGUCGUAUUGAACACUACAGUGAUAGUCGUCACCCUCCGGCACAAACAGCUGCGACAACCACUGAAUUUUGCCCUGGUCAACCUCGCUGUGGCCGACCUGGGCAUCACACUAACAGGAAGUGUGCCAUAUGUGGUGACCAACGCUGUGGGCUACUACAUCACGGGACGGGUCGGUUGUGUAUUGGAGGGAUUUUGCGUUGCGUUAUUUGGUAUAACAGCGCUGUGCACCGUGGCCCUGAUAGCUGUGGAACGGCUGUUCGUAGUGUGCAAGCCUCUGGGUACCAUCACAUUCCAGGGCAAGCAUGCUGCCGGGGGGCUGGCGUUAUCCUGGCUCUGGUCUCUCAUCUGGAAUACUCCUCCUCUCUUUGGCUGGGGAAGCUACCAGCUGGAGGGGGUCGGCACGUCAUGUGGACCCGACUGGCAGAGUCGAGAUUUCAAAAACAUGUCUUACAUCAUCUGUUACUUCUCACUCUGCUUCGCUGUGCCAUUUAUCAUCAUUGUGGUGUCAUAUUCAUGGCUGCUCUACACGCUAAGACAAGUUGCUAAGGUAGGAGGAGGUGCGGCCGCGAGGGCGGAGGCUAAGGUGGCGCGGAUGGUGGUGAUGAUGGUGUUGGCGUUCCUUGUGAGCUGGCUACCAUAUGCUACUCUGGCUCUAAUGGUUAUCUUCAACCCCGAUGUCCAGUUGCCUGUGUUGGUGAAGGUGGUACCCAUAUACAUGGCCAAGAGCAGCACUGUAUACAACCCUAUGAUCUACAUAUACAUGAACAAACAGUUCCAGAGGUAUGCAAUACCACUUCUGAUGUGUGGAAAGGAUCCCUGGCCUUCAGAGGAUGAAGCAUCCGAUGUUCAGACCAUCGUGUUGAACAACAAAAUCAGCCCAGAGUGACUUACCAUUCACUACAGUCUGUUAGUGCAAAUGUGCUCCUCUGCUUAAAGAGAGAUGAUUUAAUGAACACUGAAGGGUGGGUAUUUAAGGCCAAUAGUUUUUCAUUCACAUCUCAUCUGUGAUUCAUUACUUGCAAAAUGCUAUUCUGAACUAGCUAGGAACAUUUUCAUUCUCUAGACAGUAUUUGAUUGGACAGAAAUGUGUAUCUCCUGAGUGCAAGAUAAGCCAACAGUUAUUUUUUUUUACCAGAAGACAUAUUAUUCUCUAAAAGUCAACAUUUUGGUUGUAUACUAGCUUAUAGAUGACUUAUUCAUCAAAGAACCCUAAAAAAAAAUGAAGCAACUUUUUUCAACAUUGGUAAGAAAUGUUUCUUGA